CUAGUAUACUACUGUAUGCCUUUUUUCCCUGUGAACUCGCCCCCCCUAUGGAACUUACGCCCUUUUUCAUUGUCGGACUUCAUUAGAGCAAAAAUGGCAGAUUGUACGCUUCCAGAAUUGAUGGGCGUGCUCAGGAUACAAGUGCUCGUCAAAUUUCGGUCAAUGUGUUCUCUGAAAAGGCAAGUUUCCUUCUCUCUUCAACCGCGCGCUGCAUGGGAUGGUUUCGUAUUCAUCGUGCCUCUUCUCUCUCUUUGAAUUCAUCCAGAUAUCGCAGUGCACUUCAUCACAACACUGGUAAUAAAUUCAUCCAGUUUAUUGGUACUUAAGGUUAUUAGUGUCCUCACAUAAGGGAUUCCUUCACCAGAUAUGUAUUACAAUUGGGAACAUAGGACGUUCGAUAGUGAAAGGUAAGGAAUUUUGUCCCUGUUUUAUUUCCAUUUCAUAUCCCCCUAUUUCUAUUUAAUUUUGUGGAGAUAUGCAAUGCUAAGUAGAGCAGAGAUUGGGUUCUUUACUGAUUUUGAUUAAGAAAAUAUUUUCUGCCUACUUUCUGGUACAAUAUGCAUUGAUAUCUUCAUAAAACUGAUCUCUCUACUAAUAACUUAGUCGAUGAUAUGCAGUAUGUUUGAGUUCUACCUACUUUUUGGUUCUUAAACAUCGAUGUCUUCAUGAAACCAAUAUCUCUACAGAUAAUUUAGUAGAUGAUAUGCAUUAUGCUUGAGUUGUGAAUUAUUACUCUCCUGCUUACUUUGGAUUUUUAAGAAACUAAUCUAGUAUUUCAGCCUUUUAUUUAAUAGAUGCAGUGAUAUCAUAUUAGCCUUUUAAAUUAUAUAGGAUGUCAUGACUAUUUGGUUAAAGUGAUUGGGCUGAAAUGACAUUUAUUGUUAAAUCUUCUCAAAGUAAAAGGCUAAUAUUGUUUGGUAAAAUCAAGUUCAGCCAAAUAUUCAAGCCAAAAUCUACUUUUUCCAAUUAUUAUGCUUAUUCUACUCAUAAAUAAAGUAGUUUUAAUAGGCUACCAGAUUGCGUUCCAAUUACUAUGAAAAUAGUUUUAAUAUGCUACUUUUUCCAAUUUUUCCAAUUAUUAUGUUUGGUUAAAGUGAUGUUUUAACCUUGUAAAUUUAAGUUCUGUUGUAUGAAUGCAAGGAACCGAGAUGGGGCAGAACUUCAUUAAUGAGAAGUGUGGCACUAAUAAUUGUGAUGCCGAAGGGAAACUUACUUCUAAGGUUAGUAAGCAUAGGGGUAAUGGGUAUGUAACAAUUUGUGUUAAACUUGUUUCAGCCGCAUCCUUGUGCUUUAGAAACAAUGUCAUUGUUGAAGCUGGAGUUGUUGAAGACCUGGUUAACCUGAUCAAGGAUAAAUUGUUUAUGAACCUUUGUCAGGAUGCAAAUGCUUUGGGACGAGAUGUUUACUUCAAUAUGAUUUUUAAAUCUGGGCCUGCAUUAGCUUCACAUUUAGUUUGUGGCUUGCAUUGUUCCGAGUGAUGUUCAGGAACCAUUGUAGUCAAUAAAAAUUACACUUUACAACUGAGGGUCAUCCUCUUCCCGUUUUAAACACUUGAGACUUUCUAAGGCUAUUUACCAAGCAAUCAAACUUCAUUUGGCGUUUUGAAAAGAAUGCCCACUAUUCAGUACAAAGUAUGUAUGGAUAAACUGGUGAAGAUUGGUCAUCUUAAGAAGCAUAGGGAAUGGAGGAAGAUUUGGUCACUAUCAAUACCGCCAAAGAUUCAUACAUUGAUGUGGAGACUCGGUCAAGACUGUACUGAACAGGAGUCGUCUCAGGGAGAAAGGUAUUCCUUGCCUGAAUAUGUGCAUAAACUGUCUUGGAAGCCCGGAAAACCAUUGGUAUGUUUUUUAGUGAGUCUGGAUAGUCACUUGCUGGCAGAAAGUAGGCAUGUAGAAUACCUUCGAGUUGGCUAUGCUCUGGGAGAAAGUUUUUUCGAUUUUUUCGUGGAUGUCUUCACCAAUUUACCAAAUGAACAACUCUGUACUUUUGCUAUGAUGGCAUGGAGUAUAUGGAGGAGUAGAAACACUCUUUACUGGGAGGGUAACUAUGAGAAUGACCAGCAAGUGAUAUUUCAUGGGACAGAAGUCCUGAAUAGCCUAGUAAGGUUUAUUGGCAGGCCUCACACCAAAUCGUGUGCUAGCUUAGCUGCUGUAAAAUGGAUCCCCACCACCUUUCACGUACUAUUCACUUUUAUCCCCCCGAACUUUACAUUUUCAUCUGUAAGAACUAUGUUGGAAGCUAUAUGGAGUGUUUCUUUUUAAAGAUUGAUUGAUAGUUUUC